AUUUAAGAAAAAUCAGCCAAACCAAAAGGGUAAAAAAUGAGAUGUUUUUUGUGAUCUAUGAGCUAAAUAGCGUAAAGACAGUGGGGAAUCAAAAUGCAGUAUCUGGGUGGCAAGAGGGAACCAUAGUCAUUGUUGGACGUUAUCACUACCUCCCACUUCCACCACCACCACCACCACCACCACCACCACCACCGGCCACCGCACUCACCUCUUUCAAAAUUAACUUCCUCCAUUCUCUGUUUGCCGAUCUCACGACUGGGUUUCAAGAAAUGAGUCUGUGCGGCGGGAGUGUUUCUGCGGCAAACUUCACCUGCCAAACCAACUCAAUUCCCAAGCCCGUUGGACAACGCAGUUUGAAAUUUUCAUUUUUACAAGCAAGCAGAAGCAAGAAUAGGAGGAACGUCGCCCGUGGUCCUUUGCAGGUAGUAUGUAUGGAUUACCCAAGACCAGAGCUUGACAACACUGUUAAUUUCUUGGAAGCUGCUUCUCUAUCUUCAUCUUUCCGUACUUACCCUCGACCGGCAAAGCCACUCAAAGUUGUAAUUGCUGGGGCAGUUUUAAAAUUAUUAAUUUCAGGUUUAGCUGGUUUGUCCACUGCAAAAUAUUUGGUAGAUGCAGGUCACAAGCCUCUGUUGCAGGAAGCAAGAGAUGUUCUAGGUGGAAAGGUGGCUGCAUGGAAAGAUGAGGAUGGAGAUUGGUAUGAGACAGGACUACAUAUAUUCU